CCCGACUCCCCGCCCUCCUCCCUGACCUCUCCGCCGUCUGCCUCCCUCGCUUCUCCGGCGACUGAAGAAGGCGGCCGACGGCGGCGCUCUGUCUCGGUCAAGUUGCUGCAUCUGUUCACUUGGCUGAAGAAACUGGUUAUCCUUAGGAGUUAGGAUGAAGUCUAAGACAAAUAGGGGCAUACAGAAGGCAGGAAGAGUAGACCAUCUCCAAGGAGGAGGACCAAACUGGGUUCUUGUUGCCGGAGGAGUUUUGCUAAGCACUCUUUCCAUCAAACUUGGAUGCAAAUUAAAGCAAAUGUUCGAUACAAAGCAGCACAAUAGCUCUCCCAAAGCCGAAAGAAGGCCUGCAGGAUGCGAAUCGCACUCAAACCUCUGCCGGUUUCGUGGCCAAACUAGCUGCUACUCUUGUAUUUCAGGUCAUUCAGAUGGUAGAGUGGAAGUCAAGCAUCCACCUGCAAGUCCUCUAUCUAAAUCAGUUGAACCCUCGCUUCCACUCGUGAAGAUACCAGGGCAAGAAUCAAGCAAAGAUAACAGUGGCAUCAUGUGGAUAUCAUCACCUGACCGCCUUGAGGAUCCCCGCAAACCAUUUCAGUACUCAAACAGCUCUGGCUCUCCACGUGUUUCAGAGUCGGGAUCUGACAUUUAUAGCAAGAGAGAGGUCAUACAGAAGCUGAGGCAGCAGCUGAAGAGACGCGAUGAGAUGAUCAUGGAGAUGCAGGCCCAGAUUGCAGACCUUAAGAACUCUCUUGCCAUCCAGGAGACACAGUCCUCCAACAUGCAGUCACAGCUUGACUCUGCUAACCGAGACAUGUUUGAAUCUGAGCGCGAGAUCCAGCACCUGAGGAAGAUCAUCGCUGACCAUUGUGUUGCGGAAGCACUGUCUCACGAUAAGCCAUUGCACGGUGGACACUGGCAGUCAGAUGCUGCCAAUGGGCAUGCUAAUGGCUAUGCCACCAAUGGGCACGCUAACGGCUAUGCCGACAGCAGCGUCGAUGACCCUGAGCUGCAUUUUGUUAGCGUUGAGAAGAAGAAAGGAGAGCUGGACAGGGUGGAGAUGCUCAAGAGGGAAGUUGGUGAGCUGAAGGAGGUUAUCGGAGGGAAGGACUUUCUGCUUCACAGCUACAAGGAGCAGAAGGUGGAGCUCUCCUCUCAGAUCAGGGAAUUGCAGCAAAAGCUCUCCUCACAGGUGCCGAACAUCUUGUAGGAUCUACUUGUAAUGUUUGGUGGCUAAAGGAGCAGCCCUGAUCCUAUUCACCACGGGUUUCCAGGAGAACAAGUCGGUGCACAGGCCGAACGUCCUAGGGUAUUUGCAGAAUGUUAGGUUGAUUGGUUUCUUUCUUUUCGGCCAAAUUGUUAGGUUUGAUUUGCUUCAGUUCUCUCCAGUUUUCGCCUCUGUUGCUUGGCACUGAAGUAUUACCAAGGGUUUCUUUCUUCAGAUGCUGAGCCUAGGGUAGCUCAAUUGGUGGCAAAGUUGAUGCUCCGGACGUAUGGUGCUGUACAGGGUUUUCGUUUUGCAGGCACGUCUGUGUGAUGUAUCCUUUCCUUUGGAGUGUGUUGACGAUGUCAUUUGACUUCUGCUAUGGUUUGGUAUUGGUACCCGUUGUGUUUA